AUGGGCAAGUCCAAGUCCAAGUCCAAGUCGGAGUCCACCAAGACCGAUGCGUCUAGCACUCUGCCCUUCCUCGGGGCUAGCACAUCUCUGGACCCGACGCUGUCCUCGUUGUUCGAGAAGAGUGCCGGACCUGUGAAAGCACCUGUCAUCCCCGAAUCAUUCACGAUUUUCAAAGCCAAGCAGCGCGAGGAUGCAGAUCUAGACCAGGAUGAGGAGCAGCAGCAAUCGGCCGAUUCCGACGACGAAGUGAUGGAGGAUGCCUCCGACGCCAACGAAUCCGAAAGUGCGGAUGAGGAAAAUUCCGCAGAGCCACAGGGCCGGAAACGAAAGAGGGCCGGCGCUGAGGAGGACCUGGAGGAGUCAUAUAUGCGUCGCAUUGCUAAGGAGGAGCAGAAAGCCGAUGAAAAGAGGAAGGAGGAACAGGCUAAGCGGAUAAAGAAAGUUGAUCAAGAUAGCAAGGAAGCUGGUGAAGAUGUCGAAGGGAGUGAACAGUCCGACGAAGAAGCAGUAUCAGAGGCCGGCGAAGACGAUGAAGACCUAUCCCCGGCCCCCGUGCACGAAAGCGUGGCGAAGAGCACCAGCGAGGUGGAAAAGUCCAACCGCACGGUAUUCCUGGGAAAUGUCUCCACGGAAGCGAUCAAAUCCAAGUCUGCCAAGAAGACCCUGCUGCGGCACCUGGCAUCCUUCUGUGCAUCUCUACCUGAAUCCAGCGGCCCGCACAAAGUCGAGUCGAUCCGGUUCCGCUCCGUCCCCUUUUCCAGCGGCGGUGGCCUGCCGAAGCGGGCGUCGUAUGCCAAGAUGGAAAUUCUCGACGAGACAACCCCCAGCACAAACGCCUACGCCGUCUACACCACCACUCAGGCCGCGCGUAAGGCGCCCGCUGCAUUGAACGGGACCGUCGUUCUGGACCGCCAUCUCCGCGUCGAUAGUAUCGCGCAUCCCGCGGAAAUCGACAACAAGCGGUGUGUCUUUGUGGGUAACCUGGACUUUGUGGAUAAGGAAGUGGAGGAUGCAGAGCCCGGCAAGAAGAAGAAGACCCGGGCUGCUGCCGACGUCGAGGAGGGUCUGUGGCGGACCUUCAACGCGCACACGGGCGAGAAAGACAAGAAGAAGACCGGGAAGGGCAGCGUCGAGUUCGUGCGCGUGAUCCGCGACCGGUCGACGCGCGUGGGCAAGGGAUUCGCCUACGUGCAGUUUUACGAUGGAAACGGGGUGGAGGCGGCGCUACUGCUGAAUGAGAAGAAAUUCCCGCCGAUGCUGCCGCGCAAAUUGCGGGUGACUCGCGCCAGAAAAAUGGCAAAGAAGCGGGAUGGCAACAAUAAUGACGGCGGCGAGAGGAAGAUGGGCAAGGCACAGAAGACGAUGCAGGGUCGGGCGGGCAAGUUGCUGGGGAGGUCGGCCGCGCAUCAGAUGAAGACGGAUGGGAAGGGCUCCAUUGCGGCUAAUGGGUUUGUGUUUGAGGGUCAUCGUGCGACGGAGGGCUCGGCCAGUGUUAAGAUGAAGACGAAGAGUCGCGGGUCCAAGGGGAAGCCAAAGAAUCGCAGCAGUAAGCGGGCGGCGGCAUAUCGGGCUGCUGGGGGGAAGAAGCCGUGA